AUGGCUGAAGAAAACGGACAAGAUGCGCCCCCGUCGCUGGAUCAGACGGUGAGUGCCUCCGUGCCUGCAGGGAAUGAAGGUGCGAGAAAUAGUCGAGUUAUUUCUGUUGGCAGCGGUGAGGAAGGGACGACGACGGUGACAGGAGGAGCCCCAACAGCGGAGGGAGCAACCACCACAGCGGCUUCAGAGUCCCCAGCACGGAUAGACACAGCCGAAAUGCCAGAUGGGGAUGAGAGUGUGGAUGGAGAGUCUGCAGUCACAGUUGCAGAAGCUGCACGGGAUGACACCGUGGAAAUUAAUGGCGUUCCACCAAAUGAUGUGAAGAAUAUCAUUUUGCAAGUUCUUAGUCCAUAUUUUGAUGAUGAGGGUGGGGAGGAUGAUGCUCAGCACUAUGAUCACAUAAAAGCUCAAGGAUGGAUUCAACUUAUCUGUGAUGGUAUCAUGGAAAAGUUGUUGGGGAUGCGCCGUCCGUACAAGUAUGUGGUUCAUUGUAUGAUUAUGAGAAAGUGUGGAGCGGGAGUACAUGUUUGCUCCAGCUGUUACUACAGUCAGGCCGAUGGUUGGGUGAAUCACGCUCACGAUCUCUCAGCUCAUAUUUACGCCGUAGUUACUGUUUAUUGGAGUGCGAUAUAG